AAAAUAAGAUGUUUAUUUUAAAUGGACGAUAUAAAACUUGAUUCAUUUUUGACAGUGAGGUUAAAUAUCAGUACUUGCUCUGCUGGGGUCUCUAUUCUAGAUCAGGUGAUGAUGGCACAUCAGGCUCCCUCUGUGGCAAGGGACGCAGUGUUGAAGGAGAGCUGCCCUCUGCCAGAGGACAUGACCCGGAUUAAAGGUUAUGACUUCAAUCAGGGUGUGAACCACAAAGCCCUGCUGCAGUCCUACCUCACCACAGGCUUCCAGGCCAGUAGCUUUGCCCUGGCCGUGCAGGAGAUCAAUAAAAUGAUAGAGAGGCGUUUGGAGCCGUUGAAGGAGGAGCAGGUGGGACAUGAGUGCAGAGAUUCUAAUCAGUCUGCUUCCGAGUGCACCAUCUUCCUGGGCUACACCUCCAACCUGAUCAGCUCAGGUGUGCGAGAGAGUAUUCGCUACCUCGCACAGCACAAAAUGGUAGAUGUGAUAGUAACCACAGCAGGAGGGAUUGAAGAGGACCUUAUAAAAUGUUUAGCACCCACUUAUCUUGGAGAGUUCAGUCUCAAAGGCAAAGCACUACGACAGCAAGGCAUUAAUAGAAUAGGUAAUCUCCUGGUACCAAAUGAUAAUUACUGUAAGUUUGAAGACUGGCUGAUGCCUAUUCUGGACCAAAUGGUUCUGGAACAGAAAAUAGAGGGCACACACUGGACACCCUCGAAAAUGAUCCACCGACUCGGCAAAGAAAUCAACAAUCCAGAUUCUGUUUAUUACUGGGCCUAUAAGAAUGACAUCCCUGUGUUUAGCCCCGCCAUCACUGACGGCUCAUUGGGUGAUAUGAUCUAUUUCCACUCCUACAAGAACCCUGGACUUGUGCUUGACAUUGUGGAGGAUAUUCGUAGUUUAAACAGUAAAGCCGUGUUUGCCAAGAGCACAGGGAUGAUUAUUCUCGGAGGAGGUCUCGUCAAACAUCAUAUCGCCAAUGCUAAUCUCAUGAGGAAUGGAGCAGAUUUUGCGGUGUUUGUCAACACUGGUCAGGAGUUUGAUGGCUCAGACUCGGGGGCCAGACCGGAUGAAGCUGUUUCUUGGGGAAAGAUCCGCAUGGAUGCCACACCUGUAAAAGUAUAUGCAGACGCCUCUAUAGUAUUUCCACUCUUAGUAGCUGAAACGUUUGCACACAACGCCAACAGACUGAUCAAGGAAAAGAAGAGUGACUGAUGGUGCUUUUCUAUUAUGAACCUCUCAAGCGCCCUCUGUCUUUUCCUGUUUGCUUGUAUAUCUGACUAACUCAUUUGAAUGCGCCAUCUAAAUUCAUGACAUCAUGUUUAACUUUUCUGUCUAAACAAGCAUGGCAUCCUUGUUUUUAUUAUAAUAUAUAUAGUGUUAACAUGCUCUUAGUGUGAUAAAAUCAAUUGCAAGUCUAAUAUAUAUAUAUUUAUAUAUGAUAUGAUAAUCAACAUGAUGCCACAAAUGCUCUCGAUUGAGCUUAACUUGAACUUAAUAUGUACUGAAUGCAGAAUAUUCUUUUAAGGCCACGAGAGGGCGGUUGUGUCUCACUACCUACAGCUGCUACCAAAUGAACUUUUAUAUGCUUCAGUUAUUCACAAGAGGCUCUGUUGAUUUAUUUCACUUGGCCAUGACUGUAUAAACAGUUUGAUUGGUGCAAGAAAUUAUAAAGAUUUAUAGUCUAUUUAGCUGUUCUGUUAAAAAAUUUGUUGUCAAGAUGUUAAUGGCAUGAACUGAAAUAGCAUAUGCUCGACUAUAGUACAAAGUGUGCAAAUCAAGCAUUUUGACCUAAUUGUUAAUGGUAUUUUGGCCCUGUCAGCAUAGUCUCAUAUUUCCUUUCAGACAGUGAUUGUGAGUUUACAACAUGCACGCAAAGUGUGUCAUUGUCUUCCCUUGUUUUUGUUUUUUUACUCCUAUUUUGCUAUCAAUAAAUGUUAUCCUAGAGCUCUUCCUGAUACAGGUCAGAUUGCAGCUUUGUGGAUGUCAGUUUUCAGGGUUUUGUGUCAUAAAUGAGAUAACCUGAUUAGAUUUUGUAUGAGCAAUGAUUUUGCCUAACUGACACUUUUAAAUAUGCAAAUUUGUGUUGAUGGGGUUAGUUUUAUAGAAAGAACUGUUUAAUGUGCUUAAAGCGUUAGUUCAACCAUAAAUAACAAUUCUGUAAAAUAAUUUGCUCAACCUUCAAAUGUUGUUCCAAACCCGUGUGACUUUCUUUUUCUGUGGAACACAAAAGGAAAUGUUUGGCAAAAUAUUAGCUUCAGUCAGCUUUCAUUUUCCAUGCAAUGAAAGUGAAUGGUGACUGAGGCUGUCCCUAACAUUCAGCCUCAUAAAUAAUGUCAUGUGGGUUUUGAAUGACAUGGGAGUGAUUAAAUGAUGACAUUUUUGGGUGAAGUGUCCCUUUAACUUAUUUCAAGGCAGGAUAAAAUACAUGCCAUAUUUCCUACAUUCUAUUAGUCCUCUGUGCAUUUGUAAAAGGUGCAUGUUGAAAUUAA